CACCACACACACACACACACACACACACACACAGACCCCAUCUUGUAACUUACCCAAGCUAAAGAGCUAAAGCUUAUAAGUACACAAUGUGCUUAUUCACUUCUCUAUAAGUGAGAGUGCAAGUUCUCAUAGUUAACAUACGUAUUUUGUGUCUUUGUGCCAUGGAGAGACUCAGCAAAGUGAUGGUGUUCUCCCUGGGUUUGUUGAUUAGGGUGGCCGUGGCAUGGUCAAGGGGCCCAAAUACUCAGGCCCAAGUUCCAUGCUUCUUUAUCUUUGGGGACUCAUUGGUGGACAAUGGUAACAACAACGACAUUUUGACUCUGGCCAGGGCCAAUUACAGGCCCUAUGGGGUUGAUUUCCCUCAGGGACCAUCAGGGAGGUUCACCAACGGUCGCACCAUGGUUGAUAUCUUAGCUCAAUUGCUAGGCUUUAGGAACUACAUUCCGCCGUAUUCAGUGGCGCGAGGAGCCGAGGUUUUGAGGGGCCUGAAUUUUGCUUCAGGGGCCGCCGGGAUCAGAGGAGAAACCGGAAACAACUUAGGCGAGCAUUAUCCCUUGGCUGAACAAGUAAAUCACUUCCGCAGCACGCUGCAGCAAAUGAAGAGGAUAUUCAGGGGAAACACAACUCGGCUUGCGGAUUACGUAAGCAAAUGCAUCUUUUAUGUAGGGAUGGGGAGCAAUGACUACUUGAACAACUACUUCAUGCCGACUAUGUAUUCCACCAGCUACGAUUACACCCCUAAAACUUACGCCGCGCUCCUCCUCCAAGACUACUCGCGACAGCUCACGGAGCUGUACGAUUUGGGUGCUCGUAAAGUGGCUGUCGUUGGUGUCGGACAGAUCGGUUGCAUACCUUACGAGCUAGCCCGCUAUAACAAUCGAAGCAAUAAGAACAGGACCGGCGUCCAAUGCAAUGAGACUAUAAACAAGGCCAUCGUAAUGUUCAACACAGGCCUUGUUCAAAUGGUUAAGCGUUACAACAACGAACUUCAUGAAGCGAAGUUCAUCUAUGUGAACACCUACGAGAGCUCGAAGGAUCUCGCCGCAAAUGCUGCUACUUAUGGUUUUGAUGUGAUCGAUAAAGGGUGCUGCGGUGUUGGGCGAAACAACGGGCAGAUUACGUGUCUGCCGCUCCAAAUGCCGUGUGAAGAUCGGUCAAAAUACUUAUUUUGGGAUGCUUUCCACCCCACAGAGGAUGCAAAUGUUAUCAAUGCAAAGAAAGCAUACAAUUCCACAUCUCCCUCUGACGUGUACCCGAUGAACAUACAGCAGCUUGCAUUGGCCUGAGGCCUAAAGAACUAAAAGAGGAACGAAUGAAAGUAUGAUCAGUUUUGAGAGCGCGAUUUAUCUGGUCUUUCAAUCUGUUUACUAAUAGAUUUCUACAAUUAAUAUCGUAUUAUUUUCAACCUUUGUCGCAAUGAUGCUUAGUCCCUCCUCCAAAUUUGAAGCUUUUUGUCAGGGAUAUUAUUUCUCUUCCUUUGUUCCUGUAUCAAUGAACUCUAUUUUCCUCUCUUCUAAAACCAGGUCUUGUUCUUUCUU